AUGGCUGACGGGGGCCUCAGUGCUCAGUAUUUGAGCAGCAACCCUGAUGUGGUGGCCAAAGAGGCUCCUGGAGAUUCCAUCAGCAGCCUUGCAUGGUCACCGGUACAAGAUGUCAUUGCAGCAGGCUCUUGGGACAAGUCUAUUUACAUUUGGGAGGUGAAUGGCCAGGAUAUGCUUGCGCGGACGAGCUAUGUGCUGCAGGCACCGGUCCUUUCCUGCAGCUUCAGCAGUGAUGGACUGCAUCUCAUUAGUGGUGGCUGUGAUCACAAGGUUACAAUGCGUGACCUGCAAGCACAACAGACGAUUGAAUUGGGUCACCAUGAAGAACCGGUCAGGUUUGUUUCUGCACUUGAAGAGCUCAAACUAGUGGUGUCCGGCAGUUGGGACAAGACCUUGUGCUUCUGGAGCCCUCAACAGUCCAAGCCGGUCUUGAGCGUUCCACUGCCAGAGCGGGUCUUUGCUAUGGAUGUGAAGUAUCCGUUGAUGGUUGUAGGAUGUGCUGAUCGGCAGGUGCUUACCUACGACUUGGCGCAGGGUUUGAAGACACAGUUGAACUCAACAAACUCAAUGUUUAGUGGUCUCAAGAUGCAGACUAGAUCUGUCUCUUGCUUCCCUGAUAGAACAGGUUUCGUGCUUGGUGGCAUUGAGGGGAGAUGCUCCGUGAAGGGCUUGGAUGAUCAGUCCAAGACUUUUACCUUCAAGUGCCAUCAGACACAGGGCUCCAUCAGUGCAGUAAACGCAUUAGACUUUCAUCCAGCCAAGCCAUCCACGCUGGCUUCUGUAGGGGGUGACGGUAGUUUCAUCUUCUGGGAAACUACACAGAGAAAGCUCCUGAGGAAGUUCGAUGCCAGCAGUAUGUCGCUCACCGCAGGGAAGUUCAAUUCCACAGGAAGCCUUUUUGCGUAUGCUGUGUCUUACGAUUGGAGCAAGGGACAUGAGGCCUACCAUGAGAACUUGCCACGGCAAGUUGUUGUUCAUUCCUGCAAGGAGGAUGAGGAGCUUUGCUGCAGCUUUGCUGGGGCGCCUGGCGCAACAGCAGUGCAGGUACGGACAACGCUUUCAGCUUGGAAGCACGAGUGCAGGACAUGCCAAAGUCUGCUGAGGGAUGAACAGUCAAAGGUCAAGUUCGUGCGGCUGUGUUUGGCAGCUGCUUUCUUUGGCUGGCAACUAGUGUCCUCCGCUUCAAGCUUCUUGCGCAAAGUCGUACAGGCCACUGCUGACGCUAGAUGUCAAGCGGCCAGUGUAGAGGUGUUGUCCGUGGUGGUGAAGGAAUGGGGGGUGCUGACCAAAGAAGUUCGUGCCACUCCAACUCAAAUAAAGAAGGCAAUGCUUCAGCAGCCGGACCUGUUUGCAAUUCUGGAAGCUUGGAAGAUGUUAUGCGCUGGGUCUUUUGCAAGUUGCAGCGCAUCUUGUGCGUUGCUUGCCUUUCACAAAUCCGUUGUCGAUUAUAGCUUCUUGCGGCUUGUUUGGUGUGGAUGGGCCACCUACGUUGAAGCAAGAGUACAUUUGAUGACCAGAUGUUCAAAGGCUACAUCCUUGCUGGAAAAGUUCAGGAGGUGGACCACACUGGCGCAAGCUUUCUCCAAUUGGCAAGCUGUGAAAGCUGCUGGAGUGCUUCGCUCCGGCAGGCUUGCAACAGCAGAGCACUGGACACGAGAGCUAGAGAAAGCUGACCUGAGCCAAGUCCUGCUGGCCUGGCGCUUCUGCCAUAGCGAACAAGUGCUGUACGCGAAGCUACAGAGGCUAUUCGCAAGCAAAGAGCGACAAGUAACAGACCACUCCAGACUCAAAGCAGAGCGAUCUCUUCGUGCUGCAUCUGCGGCGGUUCUUCGGAGCCGGAGGAACACAAACUAUUUACUGUACUUCAUGGCCUGGCGUGACGCUGUGGAUAAACAUGAAGAGGCUUUGCAAAAUUCCGAGGCGCAGCACGCAGCUGCAUAUCGACAAGGUGCUUGCAAGGCGGCAAAACUUCUCCUUGAAAACGGGCAAUGCUUUUUGCAGACAUUUCGAGGAGGAGCUUUACUGCGUUUUUGCUGGGGUGCCUGGCGCAACGGCUAUGCAGGCAAGCUACUUCGGACUUUGGGAUCAGUGUUCAGAGCCCAUGAAGCGCAAUCCAAAAGAUGGAUGGUAUGGGUGACGCUUUCAGCUUGGAAGCAAGAGUGCUGCAAGAGCUCGCUUCUGGCAGAAGAGUCUGUGGCCUUGGUCGCAUCCACUCGCCUGUCCAAAAAGUACUAUUUCACCGCGUGGCAGGCCGCUACGCAGCGCCGGGUUGCCGACGAGUCAGUGGAGGCUCUGUCGCGUCAGCUUGCGGAGGGAAUGCAGAUUGCUGUUGCGUGCACUUCUGCAGCCUUGAAGCAAGGCUACAGUUUGCUGCUUCAGCAUGCCUGGGAUGCUUGGAUUCAGGCUUUGCCUCGGAUGCUUCGCCUUACCACUUCAGGGGCCUUGUCUGUGCCACCGUUGCCCUUAAAGACAUCAUGGCGGAGAGAGGAUUUGAGCUUGCAAAGAGCCAUGCUGCUCGCCUGGCAUUCGGCAGCUGUGGUGGAAGUGUUGCCGGCCAAGCUGGCACAUGAAGUGAGACUGCAAAUAUCUCCUUUGAGGGCAUCGUGGCUAAGAGAGGACUUGCAGUUCCAGCGGGCCAUACUAUUCGCUUGGCACAUGGCGGUGCUCGUGGUUGAGUAUUCAUCCGACUUGCGGCUGCUUCAGCAGCGGUUGACGUCUGCUGCAUCUCAUGUCUUCCGCGUGACGACAUGCCAGCAGGCCGAGCAGUCAGAGGGCUGGAUGCGGAGAAUUUUGCUUUGCUGGCGAGUAUCAACCUUGCAGCGGUCACAGGAACAAGUCCGUCGUUUGAUUGGUAGCCUUCAAGCAGCAGAGAAGGUAUCCGAGUCAUCAUGGAGCAGCGAUCAAUCAAGGGCCUCGCAGUUGGUUGAACUGCGUCAGGUGUUCAAUGCCUGGCAGGGAGCAUGCAUGCAGGGCGAGCAAGCUCUGGAGGACGAGCGCAGCUUCAUGCUCCGGGAGCUGACCAGGCUCCAAGAAGAGAGCCGGCAUCGUGCUAUUGAUAUGCUUGAUGUCAUGACUUUGUCCAGAGAAGCAGUAGCUUUGGCAGCAGAGGUACCUCAAUAA